UGAUCAGUAGAAGGUGAGAGUGAGCUUUUCACCAGUCACCACUGCAGAUUCAUCUGUCCCUCUCUUUCUCUGUCUCUCUCUCUUUCUGCUGCUACAGCUUGGAUCUACCAGUUCAUGGCUGCCACUAACUCCACGAGUUGCUCCGGAUUCUUCAAUUUUCGCUCAAAUUCCGACGAGGGCAGGGUCCAGCCUUCAUCGAACCAUGGCUCACCUGGGAGUGGAAAGCUUGAUGGAGUUGCUAUGUGGUUCAUCAAUGGUGUGGCAAGUGCAUUUUUUGCGUCCUUAGAGAGAUGUUCUUGCGUCCGUAUCGCUACCGUAGACGACGGCGAUGAGGCUAAGGACGCACCCUUGAUUCUCAACGAUGGAAACAUGAGGCAUGAUUUUGCCACCAUCAGCAGCAGGAGAAGGACAGGGAAAGGCAAGAAACAGAGCACUGGAGCAUUUGAAGAGUGCUAGUUAAUUUGGUUGGGCAAGCGAAAGAAAGAAACUGUGCGUUUUGGUACGUUAAUUUAUCAUGGGGUUCUGGGAUGUGUGAGAUUUGGUCCUUAUGGUUUAGGAAGAGCUUCCAAAUGGCUAUUAGACAAAAACAGAGUUGCACGUUUGAUGGGUUUGAAUCUCUUAUGCAUAAGAUCAAAUGAAUUGAACCAAUUCAAUAUUUCA